AUGGCGAGGACCCGGGGCCGUGACUCAGGGCUCACGCGGGAACUCCUCUCCGAUCGCAACCUCCRAGUAAACAACCGGGGAAUUGCAGGCCCCGCCGCCCGCGCGCCCGACGGCGACACUCACGCGCCCAAGUACGGCGAGCACGGCAGCCCCGCCAUCCUCCUCAUGGGCUCCAACGCCGCCGCGCCCGGGAUAAAGCCCGACUCGCAGCAGCCGCUCGUGUGGCCCGCCUGGGUCUACUGCACGCGCUACUCGGACAGACCGUCCUCGGGCCCGCGCACCAGGAAGCUGAAGAAGAAGAAGAGCGAGAAGGAGGACAAGCGGCCGCGCACCGCCUUCACGGCCGAGCAGCUGCAGCGGCUCAAGGCGGAGUUUCAGGCCAACCGGUACAUCACGGAGCAGCGGCGGCAGAGCCUGGCGCAGGAGCUCAGCCUCAACGAGUCGCAGAUCAAGAUCUGGUUCCAGAACAAGCGCGCCAAGAUCAAGAAGGCGACGGGCAUCAAGAACGGGCUGGCGCUGCACCUCAUGGCCCAGGGACUCUACAACCACUCCACGACCACGGUGCAGGACAAAGAGGAGAGCGAGUAGGCGCCCCGCGGAGCCCUGCGCGCACAGGUGCUAUUUAAAACCAGAUCUAUUGUCUAUCCAUAGUAUAAGGACUCCACUUAAAAAAAUUAAUAAUAAUAAUAUGAACACUUACAAAAAAAAAUCUCUAUAUAGCCAAACAGCAUAUGACCUUGUAUAUAUUUAAUUUCAGGUAAGGAAUAUGUGUAGCGAUCUCUAUUUGCUGGACAGUUUCUCUCUGCCCUUCUCUCUUCUCGUCUCUUUUGUUUGUUCGUUUGUUUUGUUUGCUUUCCUUUCCCUUUCGAUGUUCGUUGCUCUUGCUUUACAGUAAAUGUCACUUUCCUGAUCUUUCGUUUGAUUUUUAUUUUUGUGUGUGUGUGAA